UCGUUCCUCCUUCUCAUUGAGAUUCCAAUUCAAGAAAAACCAAAAUUGUUGUGCUCUGCGAAUCUUAAAAUCAAGAGAUGGCAUCGUGUUGCAGAUCAGCGUUAAUGGCAGGUUCCAGAAACUUAGUAUCAAGAUCUAGACCCGUAACUCAAAAGACCCUUAACCUUAAACCCACAACGACUUCAACUCCUUUAGCUUCAAUGUCCCAAUCUGUCCCUCGUGCUUCAAGGGUUCUCUCGGCUUUGGGAUGUGUUGAAACGAUGAUUCCACUCCACAGUGCUGUUGCUUCAGCUCGACUCAAGUCAAGCAUCGCUGCUGAUUCCUCCUGUUGGAGCUGGCUCUCUCAGGGAUUUGCCACGCCUUUGUGACCCCGGUCUGCUGGAUCUCUAUAUAAGGCGAAAAUAAUCAUAAUGUUAGGACUUGCUUUCACAAAUUGAAUGAACGAGAACAGUGUGAUUUCUAGUUCCAACGCUUUUGUUGAUGUAUUGUUGUCGUUCACAAGGACUUGUUGCAAUCUAUCUAUUGCUAUUUGGAUCCACACACUUUGGGGGCUUUGUUCUGCACUAAAACUCAGCAUGUCCUUUCUUUUGUUCAUGAUAUCACGUUCUGUGUCCAUGCAUAUUACAACGAAGAAUCUCUGCAUUUUUCAA